AUGGCGUGGUCGUGGCCAGAAAUUAGGCAAAAGCUUCAGUGUCCCAAGGACGAAGAUGCCCAGUACGAGAACACGACUUGGUGCAAUCGCGACUUGAUUCCAACUCCACCCGAUCGCAGGACUUAUGGAGUGUGGUCAUACUUUGGUGCGAAUUUAUGCCCAUCAGCUCUUCUAAAAGACCAACUCAAUGAUUUGUUCUUUUUAGGAUACUGGACCGUGUCGGGAUCUUGCAUCUCUGCAUGGUCAACAGGAAGUACUCUCCUAGCCUUCGGAUUGAGUCCGCAACAGGCUAUCGCCGUAGUAGUCGUUGGGGGUAUCUUAGCUGGCUUGCUGGCGGUCGCCUGUGGCUGGAUGGGUGAAAAUCAUCAUAUCGGAUUUACUGUGUCGAGUCGAUUUUCAUGGGGCAUGAGAGGCUCAUAUUUCCCCGUCGUUUUGCGAGUAUUUGUGUCCUGCAUGUGGUUUGGUAUGCAGGCCUUUUGGGGAGGCCAGGCUACUCGAGUGAUGAUUGGAGCCAUUAUACCCGGAUUUGCCCAUAUGCCUAACUAUUUUGCCCCGGGCUCCCACCUUCAAACAAAAGACUUUAUCGGGCUUUUAAUCUGGAUGUGCGCAUUCAUACCUGGGCUGCUUAUACGCCCGGAGAGAUUGCAGGUUCCGUUUAUAAUUUGUUUCACCUUUUUUUGUGGAUCAUGUUUCGGGCUCCUCAUUUGGGCCGUUUCUCAAGCGCAUGGACCAGGAAGCAUGUUCGAAAAGCCGGGUUCAGCGCCAAAUGUUGGAUGGGCAUUCAUGUUUGGUAUCACUGCAAUUCUUGGAUCUUGGGGAUCCGGUACUCUUGGCCAAUCAGACUGGACUCGAUAUGCCAAACGAAGAUUCGCUCCGACUUUAUCACAACUCAUUGCCUCGCCGUUGACUAUAGCCGCAACAGCUACCAUCGGAAUUAUUGUGACUAGUGCAUCUCGUGAUAUCAUGGGUGGAGAGAUCGAAUGGAAUCCAAUAUAUCUGCUUGCAGAUAUUCAAGACUUUUAUGAAUCCAGUCCUGGUGUUCGGGCGGCUGUAUUCUUCGCUAGUAUUGGAAUGGUGUUCUCCCAAUUCUCGAUUUCGGUUGUUUUAAACUCGGUAUCUUGCGGCAUGGAUAUGGCAGGUCUAUGGCCCCGAUACAUCAACAUUAGAAGGGGUGGAUAUAUCAUGGCUUGUGUUGGAAUUGCAGUCCAGCCGUGGCAACUCCUCUCUACAGCCGAAAAGUUUCUCUCAGUCCUAAGUGGAUUUGGUGUUUUCAUGGCUCCUGCAACAGGAAUCAUGCUUGCCGAUUAUCAUAUCGUGCGAAAACAUAAAUUGAAAAUAGGCGAUCUUUACUCGGGAGACAGCUCCUCCAUUUAUUGGUUCGACGACGGGGUUAACUGGAGAGCUUUCGUUGCCUUCUUGGCUGGCAUGUGGCCUUUGAUCCGUAAGUAA